AUGUAUAAUGUGAUCAAAUUGUUCGAGAAUUCAAAAACUAUAAGAGAAGAAUUUAUAGGAUUUAGUGCACUACAAACAUUAGAUGCAGUUGGUAUCGCUACUUCUAUUUUGACUUCUGUUGAAAAAUACUGUUUGGAUAUGAAUAAACUUGUUGGCUUGGGUUUUGACGGGUGUUCAGUAAUGGCUGGAAAAGAAAAUGGAGUUCAGAAAAUAAUUUGUGAUAAAUAUUCUAAAGCAACAUUUUUCCACUCUUCUGUGUUUUCUUCGCUGAAAGCAAGUCGGAGAGAAGAUGAAUUUUUGAAUAUUUUCCGAGUUACGGCGUAUUUUGGACAUCUAGUGACAAUGUGGUCGAUCGACAGGUCCACGUUGUAUGCGUCACAUUGCGGAGCAGGUUCCUUGGUGAUGAGGAAUGAUUUCAAUACAUAUGAAAAAUGGCUCCAACAGUGCAUUAAUAUAAAACAGACAAUUGAGAAUGAAUUAAUUAGUUCAUCAAAAUUACGUGAAACUAUGUUCGUGCCACAAAAUAAAACUAUAAAUGAUCUGCUAGCUCAAAAUGACAAAGUAAAUUAUGGUCUCAGAAGGCGUAUUUAUGAUACAGAAAGAAUUAAGAAUGAAUUAGAAUGGCAAAAAUGGAACAUGUUAACAGACAAGGAUAAAUUUUUGAAAGAAAUUGAAAAAUUAGAAAACGCUUUGUAUAGAAAAUUGAAUCCUAAAAUGUUAGUUGAGACACGGUGCGAAGAAAGAUUGUAUAGAGCUGGUGUUGAAAUGUGCCUUGAUAAAACUACUACUGGUUUGCAUAAAGAACAAUUUGAACUUGAUAAUACCAUCAAAAUGUUGAACGAUAAGCUAAACAAAACAAAGGCUUUGCAUAAUAUUCUUAUUGAACAAAUAAAUGUACUAGACGAGGAACUAAAAAAUAAGACUCAUGCAUUAGAUGUUGACCAGAAAUGUCUACAGUAUAGAGUACAACUGGAUGGCCGGAGUUGUAGCUAGUAAUUUAUUGAUUAACAGGAUAUAAUAUUUAUUUAUUAAGAUUUUAUGGGCUAUUAUUAAUAUUAUAGGCAUCUUAGAUUUUAAAAAAAUCGGUAACAAAUUUGAAGAAGUAUUACCUAUAUUAUCACAUAGUUUUAGACAAAUUUUAUAAUUUUUGGGUUAACAAACUCAACUCACCACUGUUUUUAUUUUUUAAUAGCACCAACCUAUUAUUAUCUUCUAUAUACCGAUUGUUUGAAUUAUAUUACAUUUUCCGAUUUAAAAUGUAUU